AUGUCUACAGAACAAGCCCCGGUUUCCCUCCCAUUCGUGGGUGCAAAGAAAACUACUCUGGAGCAUCCUCUGGGUCCAUUGACUGCUUCCGAAAUCCUACAGAGUUCACAGAUCCUCAAGGGAUUAUGGCCCGCUGAGGUGAAAAUUCAAUUCAAGUCCAUUACUCUUCAAGAACCAAAUAAGGCGGAAUUAUUUCCGUUUCUCACUGCUGAGCAUUCGGGAUCUGCUCUUCCAAAGAUUGACAGAAGAAGUUUUGUGGUUUACUAUAUUAAGAAUACCGAUAAAUUACAUGAAGCUAUCAUCAAUCUGUCUACUGGACAAGUAGAGAGUAAUGUCAGACUUGGCCCAAACGUCCACAGUAAUGCCGAUGGAGAAGAAAUCAUCGCAGUGGAAUUAGCUGCCCUGGCGGAUGAAGGAGUGAAGGCCGAGAUUGCAAAGCUUCAACUACCAGAGGGCACCGUCGUUGUUUGUGACCCAUGGAUUUAUGGUUCCGAUGGAAUCAAUGAUGGCCUUUUCACCGAUGAUAAGCGCUUCUAUCAAUGUUUCCUCUAUGUUCGGGACCCAAAGAACCCCAACGAAGCUGAUAGCAACCACUAUGCUAUGCCACUUACUAUUUCUCCAGUCAUCAGUGCAGAGACUAUGAAAGUUACCCGUAUCGAUUAUAUGCCAACUGGAGCCGAUCACACAACCAAGGAACCAUCUCCAUACAAAGUCCAACCUGCCAAUGAAUAUAUUCCCGAAGCACAAGAUCUCCGAAAAGAUCUCAAGCCAUUGAAUGUUAUUCAACCAGAAGGUGCUUCGUUUAAAGUAUCCCAAUUCAGCGAACAAGGACAUACUGUCGCGUGGCAAAAAUGGACCUUCAAGGUUGGAUUCAACCAGAGAGAAGGCAUGGUUCUUUAUGAUGUUCACUAUGAUGGACGCUCUCUCUUCUACAGAUUAUCUCUUUCAGAUAUGAACAUUCCAUAUGCCGAUCCUCGUAACCCAUUCCACAGAAAGGCUGCCUUCGAUCUUGGUGAUGCAGGUGCUGGUAUCAUGGCAAACAACCUCCAACUCGGAUGUGAUUGUCUGGGCUCAAUCCAUUACCUCUCCGCCGUUCUCAAUGAUGAAAAAGGAGAAGUUCUCGAAAUGCCAAACGUAGUCUGUAUUCAUGAGCAAGAUAACGGUAUCGGAUGGAAACACACCAACUACAGAACUGGUCGUGCAGCUGUCGUCCGUAACAGAGAACUCGUUCUUCAAUCUAUCAUCACAGUCGCGAACUACGAAUAUAUCCUCGCUUUCCAAUUUAACCAAGCUGGAGAAGUCAUGUAUGAGGUUCGAGCCACCGGUAUUCUUUCAACCCAACCCAUUGACGAAGGUCUUACCGUUCCAUGGGGAACCGUCGUUCACCCCGGUGUUCUCGCUUCUCACCAUCAACACAUCUUCUCUCUUCGUGUAGACCCUAUGAUUGAUGGUCCACUCAACAGCGUCGUCUACGACGAAGCACACCCCAUGCCCCGCAGCGAUUUCAACCCCCACGGAGUUGGCUAUACCGUAGACAGCACUCCCAUCACCACCUCCGGCGGAUACGAUCUCAACUAUGACGUAAACCGCACCUUUAAGAUCCAAAAUUCCUCAGUCAAAAACCCCAUUAACGGGAAACCCGUCGCCUAUAAAAUCCACGCUCCUCCUUUCCAAAAAAUGCUUGCAGACAAAGAUUCCUUCCAUUUCAAGCGUGCCGAAUUCGCCGAUCACAAUAUCUACGUUACUUCUUACCGCGAAAACGAACUCUACGCCGGAGGCAAAUACACAAACCAAUCUCGAGGUGGAACUGGUGUACGUUCUUUCGCUGCUCGAAAGGAUAACGUACAAGAUGAUGAUAUUGUCGUCUGGGUUCAAUUUGGUAUUAACCACGUACCAAGAAUUGAAGAUUUCCCAGUUAUGCCAGUUGAAAUUAUCAAGGUCGCUUUGAAACCGGUCAAUUUCUUUACCAAAAAUCCAGCCAUUGAUGUACCUCCUUCAGAACAAAGUUUCAAUAAGAGUGUCUUGGCAAAGGAUAGCGCUGCUCAACAUCAUCAAGAAAUUGGUGCGGCUGUGAUCGGAACAAAUGGAGGUGUAUGUUGUGUUAAGGAGGGAAGUAAAUUGUAA